AUGCGGAACUUGGAAAAUGCUUUAAUAAAAGUUGAUUUAUUGCAGAGUGGAAAUGGUUUUAUUUUCCCUAUUUACGCUCAGGCCACUGAAAUUGAAAUUGAAAGGGAUGAAGAUUUAAGGCAUUAUUUGAGCGUGUGGGUUAUUGCGUUCUCUCUCCGUAAAACAUCGACCUCUACAUGUUUUAUUCCUGCUCUUUCAUAUUUUCUCUAA